AUGCUGGCCAUGAGUCCCCUCACUCUCCUCUUCCUCUCCGCAUUCUUACGUCCCACCAUUGCUCAAGCAGUCAUAGGCCUUUUCGAUGCUUCUGGAUCACCGGUAUCGAUGGACAACCUCCCCUUGCCCGCUUCUACUGCUCUGUCUGCCAGCCGCACCACCUCGUCAGAGCAAUAUGAGUCCAACGCGUAUCGCUCCUCCACAGCACCUUCGACUGGCUACGCGGCCAGUGCCACCAUUACGUCGGUCCCUCCGUUCCUUGUGCCCACGCCUGUACCUGAUGGCACUGUCUACACGAGCACCGAAGGCGAUUCGUGCGGCGAAUGGGGUUGUGGAAAAGUCGUGUCACCAGAAGUGCAAUCGACUUGCGCGCCUGCAGUCAUGUCCUGGGCUCACUCAUCUAUGAAAUGUGGAUAUGGUCAUGUUCGAAAUUCUGCAGGAUACUGUAUGCCGGCCAGUUGGUACUCUACCUCUUUGGGCUGCUACGAGACGACGAUCAUACUUCGUAGGUCGAGAUGCGACCGGGGCGACAGGGUGCCCCGUAACCUGACAUUGAGCCAGAAACCACCGAUAUCAUUAAAGGCUGUCAUGCAGCGUCGAACACGCAGACUGGUUCAAAAUGUCACGAUAACGGAGAAAAUACCAGUCACCAUGACUGAGAGUGUCACUCUCACCAGAACGAUGCACGAGACGAGUCUGGUCGAUCUCACGACAACAGAGAAAGUGACAGAUACGGUGACGAAGACUUCUGUUUAUAACCAAACAAUCAUGGAGACCGCUACGGAGACCAAGACGCUCAGUUUACCUACUACGGUGAUAUCGAAGGAGAUGAUGACAGUGACAUCGGUUCAAGCUAUACCUACUACCGUUGUCAGCACGCAAGUCAUGACCGAAGUCAUGACGGACACAGUGAUAGAUACCAAGACCCUCUUGCAUACCCUUACGGAUACCCAAAUUGUUCAACACAACCUGACCAAAGUACAGACCCAAACGGAAGUCAAGACACAGACGCAACUCGAUACGAUUGUCCAAACUGAUACGGCCACAUUGACUCAUACUCUCAAAGAGAUCGCUACGGAGACAAUGGUCGAUACUGUCUUACAAAAUAUCAGCGUCACCCAGACUCAGCUCCAGACUCUCGUACAGACCCAACUCGCCACAUUGACGGAGGAAAAGCUAGCGACGUCGACAGCGAAUCGAUACAGAACAGUAGGCUAA